AUGUUCUCUGAACCAAAAUGUCUUCAAGCUUCAGGUAUGAGUUUCUGCCAACGCCUGGAGAGGCUGAGGAAAGCCGUGAUGGUGAGGAGGAUCCUCCACAGGAGGGGGGAAGUGAUUUGCACGUUAGUUCUUCUGCUGCUGCUCUGUCUCCUGCUCUACACCCAGCAGGCUCUUCUUUCCUCAGGGUGGAGCAAACCGCAGCUGAAGCUGGAGAUCCACAGCUCCACCAGCUCCAGCCGGAUCCUGCUGGGGGCCAGGGGGGCCAAAGGGGGCCAGGAGCCCUCACAGGUCACGUCGGAGCCUCAGCUGCCUCUCUGCAAAUUGCAAACCAUCCCUGGAAUUUCACAACCCGAAUCCAGACCUCAGACCCGGUCCCCUCAGACCCGGUCUAGGUCGGGGAAGAAGAAGAAGGCAGCGGGGACCAAGACAGCUGGAAACGUCCCAUCGGCACCAACAGUGCCACCUUUUGACUUUGAAGGUUAUCUGAGGGAAAAGGACAACAGGAACUUCAAGCUCCUCAUCGACCAGCCGAAGAAAUGUGACAUCAGAGGAGAAGAGGAGGAGGACGGAGGAGGAAGAGGAGGGAGCAGCACUGAGGCUCCUUAUCUCCUCAUCGCUGUGAAAUCCACAGCUGCAGAUUUUGACAAAAGGCAGGUGGUGCGUCAGACGUGGGGUAAGGAGGGGCCUUUCCAGCCCGGUGUUUCCAUCCGGACCUUGUUCCUGCUGGGGAUCCCCAGGAACCGCAGCGCUCUGCCUCUUUGGGAUCAGCUCCUGGCCUACGAGAGCCGGACAUUCAGGGACAUCCUGGUCUGGGACUUUGAAGACACCUUCUUCAACCUGACUCUGAAGGAGACACAUUUUCUGGACUGGGUCAACAGCAGCUGUCCCCAUGUGAAGUUCAUCUUCAAAGGAGAUGCUGAUGUUUACGUGAACGUAGAAAACAUCCUGGAGAUGCUGCUGGACCGAGACCCGGAGGAGGAUCUGUUUGUUGGGGACAUUAUCGUCCACGCUAAACCGAUCCGCCGCCGCAGCUCCAAGUAUUUUGUCCCUGAGUUCCUGUACGGAGGGGGUCUGUACCCGAACUAUGCUGGAGGAGGGGGGUUUGUGAUGUCAGGGCGUACGGCCCGGAGGCUCAGCUCUGCCUGUCGACAGGUGGAGUUGUUCCCGAUCGACGACGUCUUCCUGGGAAUGUGCCUUCAGCUGAUCGGCGUCAAAGCCUCCCGCCAUCAGGGCUUUCGUACUUUUGGGAUUCUCCGACCGUCCGCAGCCCCCCACCUUCAGACAUUUGACCCCUGUUUCUACAAGGAGCUCAUGGUCGUCCACAGCCUCAGCGUUCCGCAGAUCUGGCUCAUGUGGAACCUCCUUCAUGACCAAAAACUGAGCUGCCACAACCGGACCAGCCUGAGGUCCAGACCCUUCAAAUGGAGGGGGAAGGGCAGGAUGGGGGAUGUGACGGAGUAUGGUGAGAAUAAGGUCUUUAUCACUCCUAGGGACCAGUUGGAGGAUUAG